AUGAUGAGACCAGAAGAUGAUGCCGUCAGUCCCCGCAAGAGAAGGAGAAUCACUCCUCCCCAAGCGGCUCCGUACAUCCUCCGAGAGCUGCUCGCCGACUUGCCGUUAGCCAACGAUGAUCCCAAUGCGGACGUCCAUAUCACCUGCGUGGAAUAUUGGAAUGACAACCUCUACAUCGGUACCUCCGCUGCGGAGGUUCUACAUUUCGUCUGUCUCCCAGCCGAUCCCUCUGAUGAGUCGAGCGAAUCGUCCUUUAUCCUCGCGUCGCGAUUACCGAUCUUUCACUCACAGAAUUCCGCCGCUUCUACCGGCCAAGGCGUUCAACAAAUAAUCCUACUUCCGUCGGUCAACAAGGCUUGUAUACUCUGCAAUGGCACGCUCACAUUCUACCUGUUACCGGAGCUCAGCCCAGCAUUUGGCAACACAAAAGUCAGCAACUGUCGUUGGAUUGGUGGUAUUGACCUUAGUAGGGCGCCGGAUGACAUCGAACCACCUGCGCUUAUGGUUGCGCUCCAGAACCGAAUUAUGCUGGUCAAGAUUGGUGAUGAUGCUCGACGUAUAAGAAAUAUUGAGUUUCCGGGAUGCUUGGUAGCAGCGCGGAGGGGAACAAUUGCAUGCGCCGCAGAUACUCAUGCUUAUUCGUUGCUUGAAGUGGAACAUCAACAGAAGAUACCCCUGUUUCCUAUAUCGUCAUCGAACGAGAUAUUCGAGUCUGGUCAUGUAGAAGAAAUGCCAACGGCAUUACCUGUCCCUUCGAAAACUUCUCCGUCACCACCUAAUGCCAAUUCUCCCCCUGUGGAAGGCCAGCAUAGUCAGAGUGUGGGCUCCCCGUCGGUUUUACAGGAUCGAUCAAGCUCCGUUACUCCAGAACCCCCUCCGGCUUCUGAGACACCCCGGCCGUCAAACUCGCAGGAUCGAGAUGAAAAUUCGGAAGAUGCUCCACAAGAUCCUCAGUCGAACACUGCCGAUAAGAAGCCACUACCGCCUUUACCAAAACCACUACCGACACGGCUAAAACCGCAUGUGGUGUCCGCGAGUGCCAAUGAAUUCCUACUGGUCACGGGAACCGCAGAGAAAGAGCCUGGUGUUGGAAUGUUUGUCAAUAUGGACGGUGAUAUGGAGCGCAGCACAAUCAACUUUGACAGAUACCCUGAAUCGGUUGCUAUCGACACAAGGGAUGAAGAUAAUCCUAUCCAGUCUGUUGGAGAUGGCAAAGAAGAGCGCAUUAUUGCUGUCUUGGAGUACCGUGAAGAUGGGCAGUUAUGCAAACGUUUGGAAGUGCAACGGCUGGACAUCGACCCCAGCGAAGCCGAGAAACAAAAGAAAUGGGUAGAGAUACCCUUGGACAAAGACUCGAAACCGGUCCAGGUUGGCCUUCGCCAUACAAUCAGUUCUAGCCAGCUUGAACUCUCUGAGAUGGGAGGCUUGCUGCGCAUGGUGCGCCUUAAGACACCGUCACUAAUGCCUCAUAUUCCUGCGACAGACCCAAGGACACAAGAAUCCAUAGAGCAAUUGCAAAAAGAGAAAGAACUAUUUGAAUCUCAAGAAUUAACAGACUCCGAAGGGUCAAGGAGGGGUGGCGGUUCUUCAGAGCGCGACUGGGAAGCUGAGCGCAAUGCAGAAGAGGCCCGGUUCGCCCGUGGACUCGGUAGAGGCCAAAGUAGCCUUGUCAUGUGGGCUGGGAGCCGCAUCUGGCGGAUAAUGAGGAACCCAUUGACUGUUCAGCUGGAUGAUGUCCUACAAAAGGCGCAGGUGGCCGAUGAUGGUGGUCAUCAAGUCUUGGAUAGGGAUAUUAUCAUGGACAUCAUUCAAUCAGCCCAGAAUAUCGAGCCUGCAUCUGAGGCGGACUUUCUUGGCCUUAACUACGUGAAACAAAAAGCGAGUCUGAUGCUCUUUGGAGAUCUUGUCUUCAUGAAUCAGGAAAGCAGGAGUGACACAGUCAUUGGGGCAACAGAAAAAGCACUCGUGGAUGGAAAUCUUGAUCCUCGUAUGGUCUUGAUAUUGAUUCCAUUACUGCGGAAGGAAGUUCUGCAAGGGCCCCAGGGGAUCUGGAUCCAAGCAGGCUUGGCAGCGAUUGCAGACAAAUACAUACGGCAAUCCGAAGAGACUGAGGAUAGCUCGGCGAAAACUGGUGCUGCUGAUAGCAGUGUCUUGGACAUGGUUAAACGUUUUCUACUAUCGUGGCAGCAGAAGAGGGGCUACGGUAGCAUCACGGAUGAGACAUAUGUCUUUGACAGCGUCGAUGCCGCACUUCUGCAUUUGCUCUUGGAACAGGAUUCGGCUUCGACAGCGGAACAACGAGUAUCGUCGCCCAUUCGCAGUGAGCUUAAUCGGUUAGUGGACAAUUGGAAGGGUAACUUUGAUCGGGCGGUGAAAUUGUUAGAGAGCUAUAACCGGCUCUUUAUUUUGAGCCGCCUGUACCAGAGCCAGAAGAUGUCCCGGAAUGUGCUCAAGACGUGGCGGAGAAUCAUAGAAGGGGAGGAAGAUAUCGGUGGAGAAGUGACACCAUCUGGCGCUGAAUUGCAAAUGCGCCGGUAUUUGGUUAAGAUUAAAGACGCACAAUUGGUGGAAGAGUAUGGUUCCUGGCUGGCUGGACGUAACCCUAAGCUCGGUAUCCAGGUUUUUGCGGAUGGUACGAGCAGAGUCAAGCUGGAGCCUGCAGAUGUGGUUGGGAUGCUCAAAGAGCAGGCGCCGAAUGCAGUCCAGGCGUAUUUGGAGCAUCUUGUUUUCUUCAAAAACUACUCCCAAUACGCGGACGACCUUGUUUCGUACUAUCUGGAUACGGUGCUUUCUGUUCUGCAGUCGUCGCCUGAGGCGCGAACAUCACUGUCCGAGUCCUACUCGACAUAUCGUGCGCUACGACCUCCCAAGCCAACAUACAUGAGCUUUAUCACGGCCAACAUACCAUCCGAACCGUGGUGGCAAACGAGACUGCGCCUUCUACAGCUGCUUGGCGGUGGAAGCAGCACUCAGUUCUCGUCGAUGUCACCCACACCAGCCAGUCUUUCCUAUUCUAUUCCCACCGUUCUUGCUCGGAUCGAACCCUUCCAGGAUGAAUUAGUAUCUGAGAGCAUCAUUUUAGAUGGUCUCCAGGGGCGUCACCGGGAAGCCCUCCGACUCCUAACGCACGGCCUAGGUGACUAUGAUUCAGCAGUCCGUUACUGUCUUUUUGGAGGCCCCCGUAGCACCAGCUCUACAGGGGCCCUGACAGAGUUCGCAGAACGGCCAGUGCAGACUGAGCUAUUCCGCCAUCUCCUGGACGAGUUUCUGCGAAUUGAAGAUCCAACCGAUCGUCUCGAGAGGACAACUGAUUUGCUAUCCCGGUUCUCCGCCUGGUUCGAUGUGCGGGAGGUACUAGAACUUGUCCCUGAUGACUGGAGCGUCGAGAUCAUGAGCGUGUUCCUUGGCCGUGUGUUCCGGGUAUUGGUAUCACAGAGGCGCGAAGUAAAGAUUGAACGGGCUCUCAGUGCAGGUUUGAACCUGCGGGUUGGUACGGAGUACAUUGAAGGAAUGGAGAAGACAGGAGGAUGGAUUGAAGAUGACGAGGGAGUACGGAAGAUUCGCGGGGAUGGAGGCGACGGAGAUGAAAAGCAAGUGCCGGGGCAAAUAGAUGGAAGUGAUUUCGGGAAUAUGGUGGACGCUGGCGCGCAUGAUAACGACAAUGUUUUGGCUUGA